AUGGUUGUUACUAUCUUUGCUUUAGAACAAGAUGAUAGCACUAGGAGAUCCGUCAAAUCAUUUGAACUUAACCUCAGUCUAGAGUAUCUUAACCCGGAUUGCUAUAAUACGUCUUUUGCUGUUAUGGUGGUUAAUAAUCAAUUUCCUGCUCCUGCAUUGCAUGUUGUAAAAAACGAUGUAGUCCGGUUCAUCAUUAGGAAUAGUGACGCUGCUAAUAAUCAAUCUUCGAGUAUUCAUAUCCACGGCAUCAGACAAUACGGUACAACCUUUUCGGAUGGUGUAGCCGCUAUUACCCAAUUAGCUAUUGCCCCCGGACAGGAAUUCAUUCAAGAGUUCCAGGUGUUGAAUCAGUCAGGUACAUACUUUUAUCACGCGCAUAUGGGUGUUCAAGAUGAUACUAUUACUGGGCCUUUUAUUGUACAUGAAGAUGAAAAUUCUUUUUCAGCUGCAACUGAAUUAAUGACACCUGUAACUGAAGGGAUUUACACUUAUGAUGAGGAGCGUAUCUUGCAAUGGACUGAAUUUUGGCAUCAAUCAGGCUAUGACAGAGAGAAAUACUAUACAGGCUCUUCCUUUAUUAAUGAUAAUGGUCCUGAUAGCGUUUUACUUAAUGGAAGAACCGUAUACAACAGUAGUGCGAGCCAAAAUGACGGCGAAUGCGCUGGUUUCAGCUAUAUUAAUGUAGAGCCUAACAAGAUUUACCGUUUUCGAUUUAUCGGUGCCCUCACUUUUCGUAUAUUAGGUAUUUUUAUACAAGACCACAAUAUGACAUUAAUGGAAAUUGAUGGCGAAUAUGUCGCUCCUUACAACUUGAAAUAUCUUGAAAUUGGCGCUGGGCAAAGAAUGUCUGUUUUGGUCAAGACUGGUAAUUAUCCUGCUGGCAGCUUGUUUCCCAUAGCCUCUAAUUUCAGAUGGAAAAUUAAUGCUGAUGGUUUUACUGAAAAUGGAUAUGGAUAUUUACGUUACGUGAAUGCUACAACUCCCACUGCAACGAUUAUUAUGGAUAAGCCUGUAAUUGCAAAUUUUCCUGCCGAUAUUUUUCCAGCCAUAGAUAUACCUGGAUGGGUACUUCGAGAUGUGAAGCCUUUAGUAUCAACAGAAAGGGACAUUAUGAUUUUGAAUAGAACAGCAGAUCGUACAAUUAAGCUUUUUAUGCAACAAGUCACUGAGCUUGAUAACACAACACGUUUUAGAAAUAAUAAUAGAAUGCAUGUUCCUUGGGGGAAUUCAUCUUCUUCUUUAUUGGAACAGGUUAUAGCUAAUUCUCUCGGUACAAUUGGUACAUUGGAUGUAACCGACGGAUUCUCAUUGAGUCAUCAAACAUAUCCUGUAAAUUUUGGAGAAGUUAUUGACUUUGUCUUUCAGAAUAGCUUCAAUGGAGACGGUGUUUGUGUCGCUCAUCCAUGGCACACUCAUGGUCAUUCUCAUUAUUUGAUUUCCGAAGGCGAAGGUGAUUAUCUCCAUGAGACUGAUAAAGAUAUACGUUCAUUUGCCGACCCAUUGCUCAAGGACGUUAGUAUUGCUUAUCCUGCGAUUGUCAAUGGCUCGAUUGGUUGUGGUUGGACCAAAGUUCGAAUUCUCGCGGAUAAUCCGGGGAUAUGGGCUGUCCAUUGUCACAUCACAGCACACAUGUUACAAGGAAAGAUGAUCAUACUUGAAGCAGCCUCUGAUCUAAUAGAGUCAACCAGGCGUGUAUUUGUUUAG